ACAGAGAGGGCCCGGCUGGCGAAGACCCCACUGCCGGAGUCAGCCCUAAGUGGCCCACGCUGUGACUCACCAAACACCAAGUUCUGCUACUUCAACAACUAUUCCUUGUCUCAGCCUCGACACUUCUGCAAGACCUGCGCGCGAAACUGGACCCGCGGGGUGGGCGCCUCCGCCAAACGUCCCUGGUCGGCGGAGGCUGCGCGCCGCAAAACCAAGCGGGGCAGCUCCAGAACAACAGUCCUCGUCCAAGAACUCAUCUCAGCUGAGGCCGCCGCAGCCGCGCUGCCAGCUGCUCCACCGCCACGCAGCCGGAGCACCGAAAAUGUGGUGCAUGGUGUUCAGACCAUGGAGAUUGAAAUUGUUGAGUAA